AUGGAUACGUACAGUAAGUUGUCGCUAGUGAAGGAGAAUGAUGUCGAUGUGAACGAUGUCCAAGCGCAAGUAGAUGUUAUGUACGCGAGUAUUUUGGCCUCCGUCGAUAUGAUAAUGGAGAAGGAAGCGGCUGCAGCCAGAAAAGGGGCUCCCACGCGCGGGGCAGCUCACCACUUCAAGCAGCGAGGUACGCAGGCUGCGUCCUCUUGCGCAUCAGCGGCACCACCAAAACCAGAGACAAGAUGCGCACUUCCAGCAACGGAGACGAAGGAGCCUGACGAAGCUGCAGAGACUUGCGCAUCUCAAUGUGGGUGCUCGUGUGCUCACGAGUGCACGUCCAUGGGCCCCAAGGCGUCUUCCGGAUGCCAGCACGUUCGUCGUCACAACUCCCAGUUGGCUGCUACAAAGUGCCGUCGGCCUCAUGAGGCAUCAGCGGAGAAAGUGAAGAUACCUUAUAGCACUCCGACUGGUCGGGUGGUUAAUGCUGCUACGGUCACUAGAAGUUCACAGCAUCGCUUCCCCCCAUCUACAUUCGGAAGUGGUCGGAAGGGGAUGUCUGAACCGAUACGAAAAGAUACGUCACCAGGGCCCGGAUCGUACUUCAUUGCGGAUGACAGCAAUAACGACAGUGGGGACUGCUACCGCGGACGGGGUGCUGAAGCUGGGCAUAGUAAGAAAAGUCACACAAGCGGUCCACAUCACACGGGGGUUGAGGUGGUGGAACAGAAGGCGGAGAAGAAUGAGCUACUCAAGAGACAAAUGGAAAUACUCUGUCAGUGUUAUUGGAAGCAAAUGCCUGAUAUCGACGCACCGAAGAAUCCCGCGGCUCACGCGUCCGACUGCCCUUGUCAGUCACUGAGAACAGUGUGUACAGAGGGGGACAAUGACGAUCACACCAGCAGCCGCAGCAACUCCGGCAGUGAGGCUGCUCAACCUUGCGGCAGCAGCACAAAGAAAAAUAGCAACAAAAAAAGCGGUGCGACAAAGGCACAUGAUAGUUUUCAGAAAUCUCCCUCGGUGGUGUCGCCGCGGCUUGUAGGACGGCUCUCCAAUCGGGGUGCCGUAUUCGGAAUUUCACCUCGGUGCACUAUUUUCGCUGUAGACACAUCUGACACUAAUACACAUCCGAAGCACCGCUCCAGUCAACGAAGGCGCGGCAGAAGUGAGGAGGAAGUCCGAAGCGGUCAGCGGGCAGUGGGAGACUCAGACGUACAUGGCAGCGUGCCUUCAUACUUGAAACCAACAAAACGAGUUGAUGGUGCCUCGGCGGGGGUGUCACCGGGUCCUGGGGCGUACGAUGUGUCUGGUGAAUUAGGUAUGUCUGCAUUGUCCCCCGGGAAAACGGCCACUGGGGGGGUGCUAAUUGGACGGGCAGAACGAAAGUUGCAUGCUGUCAAUAAUUUUCCCGGGCCCGGAGCGUACGACGUCAAGGAAAAGAGUAUGACAGAAACCUCAUCAAAGAAAAGUGCCCGCACCCUAUCGAGUAGUCGUCGUCAGCUUUCUAUACUUCCCACAAAGGAGGCGGUGCUCAUACCAGGACCUGGCGAAUAUCACCCAGAAGCCGCGACACUCUCCGACGCGCGGCGGAGGAGCCCUCCUGCUUUCUCAUUUGGUCGUGCGAAGUUACUACGUUAUGGACGAGUGCCACUCACUUCUUCACCACCUUCUGAACCAGCGAACGUACCAGGUCCAGGCACGUACGAUACCGCUUCUGUGCCAAGCGACAGGUGCACAGCCGUCAGUGGUCGCAGUGCCGUGAUAACGAACGUAAGACGUGGUGGAUCUCCGUGGAGCAAGGAGCGCACUUCCCCUCAUGAAGUACCUGGACCUGGGGCAUAUGAACCCGUCAGGAGGGAAAGUGGUCCAGCCUACCUUAUGGGACGCCGACCAGCAGAGCGGGUGGAUACAACGCCUGGUCCCGGCCACUACGAAUUGCCACAAAUGUCUACCGGUCCACGGUGGCUUGUGUCGGAGUCGCCCUCGGCACCUCUCGAGCCCCAUCCUACCCCAGGACCUGGUGAGUACAGUGUUUCCACAUAUGAGCUAAAACAUUCGCAUUCCUCUGCGCCCUUAUUCCCUACAGCGCCGCGUGUGCUGCACGAAGGGACGAAAGUUGCUGAGACGCUCCCCGGACCGGGAACUUACGAGACAGAGAGACAGACCAGUCCCGUGCGGUCUGCCAUCAUGGGUACCGCACAACGAGUAUCAACGCUUGGCUUCGACUGCUGUGCUGAUGUGCCGGGGCCAGGCACUUACACAGCACUUACCACUGUACAGGAGCCACGGGUCGUGUCGCCUCUAUUAAAUGCCGCCGCACCGCGAUUUGCGGAGAGUAGCGAACCGGGUGCUGAAGGGGCUGCCGGUGUGGUGGCCACCCCCGGACCAGGACACUACGAUGCUGAUUGUGGGGAUGUGGGAACGAGGGGCCGUGCCGCUGUCUUCGGAAGUGCCCCACGAGAAUUACCAUUCAACGAGGAUGAAGCUGCAAAAAAACCAGGCCCGGGUGCGUACGAGAUCGCCAUGCCGAAGAAUAGCCCGUCUUUUUCAAUCGGUCAGAAACUUGACGGCCCAGAGCCCAGUGUGUCAGUUCCCGGACCCGGAGAAUACGAUCCACAAGAUCCGAUGCCGAACACCCGGGCCGUUGUGAUUGGUGAAGCUGCAAGGUUUCAGACUAGCGGUGGGGAAAAAGAUCGUCAAGAUGUCCCAGGACCAGGGGCCUACACAAUAGAGAGACCUCCGGAGUACAGGGGGGCGGCAGUGUUUGGCACAGAGCCACGCCUUUUAACCAUCGACCACUCCGUGGGGAACCACGAUGGCAACGACGGGAUUGGACCAGGUUCAUACGAUCCCCAAGUGCCUAAAGGUCCUGCAUCGGGGGCAGUGUGGAGCGCCGGUCCCAGGUUUGCUGCCGAUACACUUAAUGAGGUACCGGGUCCUGGAGCAUAUGACACUCGGCAGAGCCCAACCCCAACUAAUGUCGUGAACUUCGGCAUAUCUUGUGGCAAACCGUCCCAGCGGGCUGAUCCCGCAGAGGCUGUCCCUGGUCCUGGGGCGUAUGCUCCAAAAGACCCACAUGGACGCACGAUCCCAGGUGUAGUCUUUGGUUCGUCGCCGCAACACCCGACAUCACCAGAAGAGCGUGAAGCGCUUAUGCGACCCGGUGUCGGUCCAGGAUCAUACGAAGUUAUCCUUCCCGUCCCGCACACCUUUCACACCACGUUCGGUAGCGCCGCGGAUGGACGAAUACAGGAGGAGCGGCACGGCGAGUUGGCGGUUGGUCCGGGUCACUACAAUCCCCACGAUAGCAAGGCCUCUUGUGCGCGCUCCGCCAUAAUUGGCAUGGCACCUCGUCUACAGUCUCAUGAAGACAGUUGGAGCAUCCCGGGACCCGGAGCGUAUUCGUUAGACCCGACCACUGGAGGCGCGUCACCAGUCGGUCCGGUCUCCUUCACAACAGCACCCCGGUUCGACAAUGUUGCGGGGGCUGCUGCAGGUGGUGACAACGACGUCACUCCGGGACCUGGAUACUAUUCAAUAGAAGAUCGUGGAACCCUCACAGCGGCUGCUGGUGUUCCUGUGUUCAGCAGGGGGCCACGUGUCCUCGAUCUGAAGGAACGAGAACACGCACUUCUUCCCGGGCCUGGCCAAUAUCAUCCGGAGGACCUAAGCACCAAGGUAGGUGGAGCAGCCUACUCUUUUGGAGUGGAACCUCGCAUGCCACAGGAUGCUACCGAGAACGAUGGAACCACACCCGGCCCCGGAGCCUACGAUGUCACCAUCCCCACACUCACAGCUACAGGCACACGGUUCGGUGUCGAACCACGUGCCUUGGGUUCUUUGAACCAUGAGGAAGGGCCGGGACCAGGAACGUAUAAUGUUGGGGCGUCGCGUACAACGUCACCGACGGCACCUGUCUAUCGCUUCCCCACAGCUACCCGGGAGGCGCCCAGUCUUGAGGGAAGCGACGUCCCUGGGCCUGGGCAGUACGACUACACUGGGGAAGAUUUAUCUCAUCGCCGAGCCGUUGUUUCCGCCUUUCCCAUAAGUCCUCGCUUUGCAACCGAGAGAGGGGAGGACGAAGCCCCUGGACCCGGGCAGUACAUGCCCCACCAUCCGCAAUGGGACUCUUCCCAAGCAUACUCUUUCCCCAUGGGAGGAAGAAACGCUUCGCUCACUCUAGGAACGGAUGGGCCCGGACCAGGAACAUAUAGCCCACAAGAACCCUCACUAACGGCAACAGCAGCUCUCUUUGGUAUUGGGCCGCGCCAAACAAGCGGAGGUUUGAACAACCUCAGUGGACAAAACCAUCCGGGACCUGGACACUACAACCCUGCGCUGCCGACGGAUACACCUUCCGUUAUUUUUGGCACCGCACAAAGGGACGUAGCAAACACGGGUGGCAUUGAAGAUGCCCCAGGGCCAGGUUCUUACGACCUAAGGGUGGAAAACCGUGAGGGGAUAGCGUAUUCCAUCGGACGGGCUGCUGCCCAGGAUCGCAUGGCGGUUGAUAUGCAAAAAGCCGAACUUCCAGGCCCUGGCACGUACUCGGUGCAGCCCGCAUUUCCUGCGGUCGAUGGUGGGAGCGGGGCCACUUCAUUUGUCAAGGCUGCGCGGUUCCCAGAUGGCCAAGCUGCCCAAACCGAAGGACCUGGGCCCGGUGCAUACAGCAUUCAAUCGGCGCAACGGACCUCAGGGCCCUUUAUUGGUCGAGCGCCCCGUGUUGCCACAGGGGUUGGUGCCAACAAUAACGAUCUCAGAGAACAGCCAGGACCAGGUCACUACGAGGUCAGCAGUGGAGGGCUUGGGAGUAUUGUGGACGGUGGCGUAGCGAUGCGUUUCACGAGCGAGCGCUUCCCUGGGCUCAGCGGUGGCGCAGUGGGAGAGAGUCCAGGUCCGGCGUCGUACAGUCCCGCAGAGGCCAGAGGUACGAAGGAUGGUGUGUCGUUCCCACAGGCACCGCGCCAUUCGCCGGCAGAGCUGAAUGAUGCUUCAUCGCGUCCUGGACCUGGUGAUUAUGAUAUCCCCUCUACCUGGAACACCACAGCGGGCAACACCUAUUCCUUUGGUGCUGAAGAGCGCAUGAAAGCCCCCACGGUAGAUGCCGAUGUACCGGGGCCCGGUAGCUACGAUACGAACCGUUACCUGAACGCAUAUCAAGCUGGGCCCGCAUUCACUCUUAAAAGUAAACCAGGACAGAAUGAAAACGGUGGUGACCUUCCUGGUCCUGGGAGCUACGAUGCAAGUCGCUACAUAGAUGAAAGUAGGGCGGGUCGUGCGUUUACUCUUCGAGGGAAAAGUACAUUUAACGGCAGCAGUGGCAAUGGUGAUGUUCCUGGUCCGGGAAGCUACGACCCAAAUCGCUAUCUCGAACAAUGCCAAGCCGGCCCGUCGGUCUCAUUGAGAGGGAAAGCAGCCCCCGUCGGCGGACAUGAUGCUGACGUCCCCGGUCCCGGAAGCUAUGACGCGAGUAGCUACUUGGAAAGGUGCCAAAUGGGCCCCGCCUUCUCGUUGAAGGGAAAACCAACCUGCGUUGACGAAAACAGUGCUGGCAUUCCCGGCCCCGGUAGUUAUGAUGCGAACCGAUACUUGGAGCAGUUUCAGUCAGGACCCGCGUUCACACUUCGAGGAAAAGGUGCGUGUAAUGGCAAUGACAGCGAAGCUGACGUUCCAGGUCCGGGGAGCUACGAUCCGAAUCGUUACCUCGAACAACACCACGCAGGGCCGUCGUUUACCCUAAAGGGCAAGGCCACGUAUAAUGGCGAGAAUGGUAUUGAUGCUCCGGGACCUGGCAGUUAUGAUAUCAAUCGCUGUAUGGAACAGUCUCAGGCAGGUCCUUCAUUCACGUUAAGGGGGAAACCAAGCGACACUGGGCAGAAGGGGCCUGAUAUCCCUGGUCCUGGAAGCUAUGAUGCCAGUCAGUACUUGGAGCGGUGUCAAGCGGGUCCUGCCUUCACUCUCCGAGGGAGGGAUGCGUUUAACAGUAACAGUGCCGAUGGCGACGUUCCUGGGCCGGGAAGCUACGAUGUGAAUCGAUAUUUGAAGCAGUGUCAGUCGGGGGUUUCAUUUACUUUGAAGGGAAAAUCAGCGCAAAACGACAACGAAGCUGACGCUCCAGGUCCGGGGAGCUACGAUCCGAAUCGUUACCUCGAACAACACCACGCAGGGCCGUCGUUUACCCUAAAGGGCAAGGCCACGUAUAAUGGCGAGAAUGGUAUUGAUGCUCCGGGACCUGGCAGUUACGAUAUCAAUCGCUACAUGGAACUGUGUCAGGCGGGCCCAGCCUUUACUUUGAAAGGAAAAGCAUCCCAAGUUGAAGGUAGCGCCGAUGUACCUGGCCCCGGUAGCUACGACGUUAGCCGCUAUACGGAACAAUUUCAGUCGGGCCCUGCCUUCACGCUCAAAGGAAAACAAGUGACCAGCGACGGGGUCGACGCCGACGUCCCCGGUCCCGGAAGCUACAACGUAAGCAGCUACGCAGAACAGUUUAAACCGGGACCAGCUUUUACGGUGAAGGGGAAGCCAUCGGGCGCUGCCGAGAACAGUGAUGGUUUACCUGGGCCCGGAAGUUACGACACGGAUCGAUACAUGCAGCAAUGCCAUUCAGGUCCCGCCUUCACUCUGAAAGGGAAACCAACGUACGGCGAUGGCCGCCAAACGGAAGAUGUCCCUGGCCCCGGUGCCUAUUGUCCACGACCUACCGAAACAACUCGUGCAGUUUCCUUCGGUCCAUUGCCCACCGUUGAUUCGACAGCCGUAUUUGAAGUGCGGGUGAACGCAACACCCGGGCCUGCAGCGUACGUUAUCCCUUCCACACUAAACCAAAAGGCCGUACCGUUUGGGGCAGCGGAGCGGGAGGUGCAGUGCAGAGCAGAAGAUGUUCCAGGACCGGGGGCAUAUCUAACAGGUGGCCCAGUCGUCUUAAAACCCGGCCCCGCAUUUACCUUCGGCAGGGGGCCACGCUCUAUGACGCUGGAAUCUGCCCAGGAGGACGCACCCGGUCCCGGUGAAUAUCACCACCCCGUUGACGCAAGACCCACCGUACUUGCCUUCACAUUCGCUUCUGCCGAUCGCUUCGCUGAGUUUGAAGCAGGCAAUGGCGUGGGUCCCGGUGAAUAUUACCACCCGUACCCUACCGAGACCCACGGUGGUCCGGCCUUCAGAUUCCCCAAAUCUAUGCGUGCUGCUUGA